AACCCUCCCGGUCCCAAUAUAAGACGCAGCCAGAAGCGCCCAAAGUCCGAGAGGAAAACCUAGCAGCCGCGGCUCCCUCUCGCGUUCCUCUCCUUCGAUAGCCCUGGUGCAAGGGAAACUCGAUCCAAGAUGAAGUUCAAUAUCGCGAAUCCUACCACUGGGUGCCAGAAGAAGCUUGAGAUCGAUGACGAUCAGAAACUUCGUGCGUUUUAUGACAAGAGGAUCUCUCAGGAGGUCAGUGGAGAUUCUCUUGGUGAGGAGUUCAAGGGCUAUGUUUUCAAAAUCAUGGGAGGCUGCGACAAACAAGGGUUUCCCAUGAAACAGGGAGUACUAACCCCUGGACGUGUCCGCCUGCUGCUGCACAGAGGAACACCCUGUUUCCGUGGAUAUGGCCGGCGCAAUGGAGAGCGCAGGAGGAAAUCUGUUCGAGGGUGUAUUGUCAGUCCUGAUCUUUCAGUUCUGAACUUAGUCAUUGUUAAAAAAGGUGAGAAUGAUCUGCCUGGAUUGACCGACAUCGAGAAGCCUAGAAUGAGAGGACCAAAGAGGGCCUCUAAAAUCCGGAAGCUGUUCAACCUCUCCAAGGAGGAUGACGUGCGCAAGUAUGUCAACACAUAUCGCCGAACCUUCACUACUAAAUCAGGCAAGAAGUGCAGCAAGGCCCCCAAGAUUCAGAGGCUCGUGACUCCCUUGACACUCCAAAGGAAGCGUGCCAGAAUUGCCGAGAAGAAGAAGAGAAUCUCCAAGGCCAAGGCAGAAGCAGCUGAGUACCAGAAGCUUCUUGCAAUGAGGCUCAAGGAACAGCGUGACCGUAGAAGUGAAAGCCUGGCAAAGAGGAGAUCUAAGCUUUCUGCUGCAUCCAAGCUAUCAGUGGCAGCUUAGAUGUAAGGUUGUUCAACGGAAACUGAUAAAAAAAAUUGUUAGGACGGUAGUUGUCAUUUUGACUGCAUGCAUAUGUUCGCAAGUUUGGUGGUUGGGAUUUUGUGUUGGAUAAGUGUCCUCUUGUUUUUUUGAGUUUUGGAUGUUGCAUCUCAAUAUGUUGGGAUUCUGCCGUAUGGUAUUUAAUGCUUUUGCGUUUGAAGUUUGUAAUUAAA